CGGCGCCCGGCGCCAUCUCCAACUCAUUGCAUCCGCAUGGCGACCUUCUCCCUCUCUCCCUCUGCCGCCCCAUCCGUCCCCACCGUGGUUGCGCCACGCGUGACGGGGCACGGCGAGCUCGACGGCCACACCGUCUACCACAUCGAGACGACGCUGCCGUCCGCCGCUCCCGCCUCUGAGCCGGCGCAGCCGGUGCGGUCGUCCAAGCGAUUCUCCGAGUUCCGGCAGCUGCACGCGACGCUGAGCCUCGCGACGCCGGCCGUGGCCGACGCAUUCCCCAUCUCGCGCGCCUUCUUUGCUGGCGCCUCCGUCAAGCGCGAGCGCGAGAAGAAGCUGCAGGCGUACCUCGAAAAGGCGUGCGAGGAGACGUCGCGCGCGACGGCGGGCUGCCUGCCGGUCGCGCUGCUCGCCUUCCUCGGCGUGCCCGCGGCGCUCGAGGCGGAGGCGCGGCUGCGUACCGCCGCGCCGACCUGGUGCGCCCUCGUCGCGCGCGAGAAGGCGCUGCUCUCGGAAGCAAAGGCAAAGUGGAAGGUGGAGGCGGAGGCGCUCAAGCUGCAGAUGGGCGCGAUGGAGCAGACGGUGGGGCUGCUCGAGCGCGAGGUCAAGGCGCAGGAGAAGGCGCUCGAGCGCGCAGAGCCGCGCGAGGCCAGCCCCGGCUGGCGCAGCGACUCGCCAGGCGGCGGCCUCGCGGGCACGAUGUCGUUUCUGCGGCCGCCGCGGCCAGACAGGGCGCCGCUGCCGCCGUUGGUGGAGGGCAGUGGCACGGGCACGGACGCGUCGAGCUCCUGUGGCACGGGCACGGACGCGUCGAGCUCCUCGUCGGCCGGUGACGCGGCCGACAUUGAGGUGAAGCUGGGGAUGCUCGAGGACAAGCUCGCGUCGACGCAGGGAGAGCUGGACGAGCGGGCUGGACGAGUGCCGGCGCAGAGAGGCGAGCUGAACGAGUGCCGGCGCGCACACUACUUCCCCGCCAGCGAGGGGUACCGCCUCCGCUUCUCCGUCCGCGACAUGUACAUCGGCUUCAAGGAACCGCACCUCGAGCAGCUCGCGUCGGACCUGCACCUCGAGCAGCUUGCCGGCGGAGUAGAGCUGCACGUCGCCUCCGCCUCCACCUCCUCCCGCGCUUCCAAGGGCGGCCGCACGCAGUACCCAAAGAUCACGAUCCGGUGGCACGGCGACGCCGCCGCCGGCGCAGACGAGGCGGCGGGCGGGCUGCUCCAGUUUGUGGCGCGCGGCGUGUCGCUCGUCAACCGCACCGAGGUGCUCGGCGCCGAGUUCUCGCCAACGAUCGGCUUCGGGCGGCUCGCUGUGGCCGCGCGCUUCGUGGCGGAGAUCCCGCUCGUCUACAAGGCCAAGCGGCGCAAGUGGAAGUUCGAGCGCGGGUUCGGCAUCCACCUCCUCGAGUGCAGGACCAACCUCGGCCCCAGCGACAUGAGCCCGGUCCGGCUUGUCGUCUCUGCCGUCAUCGAGCGCAUCAUCAAGAAGGUUGUCCUCUCGCAGAUCGGGCCAUACCUGGGCAGCUACCUCUGCCAGGCGCGACACGGCGCCACCGUCUCGCUCGGCCUCGACAUCUCCGGCCCGCCGGCUUCUCUCUUCGAGCGCCCCAUCGCCGCCGACGACCGGCCGGCGACCCAGCUCGGUCUCUCGCCCGCCCAGAUGCAGAUGCUGCUCGAGGCGGGGCGAGGCCUCGGAGGCGACGGAGGCGUCGCCGCCGCCGCCGCAGACUCCUCCGAGGCGCUGCUGUCGCCUGAGCCAACGGACGAGGCCGCAGAGGCGCCGGGUGGCGCCGCCGACGCCGCCGCCGCCGACGAGCCCGCCGCCGCCGCCGCCGCCGCCAAGGGGGGGCAGCGGCGUGCGGCCGACGGCUUCUCGACCCUCGCAGGGCUGCUGCGUCUGUUUGCGCAGCUGGGCGAGCUCGACAUGGACGGCUUGGUUCGCGCCCUCGAGGCAGGCCUCGCGCCGCUCGCCGCCGUGUACGGCGUGCCCGCCCCCGAGGUGCCGGCCUUGCUGCAGCGUGCCGCGGAGCUCGACAGCAAGCCGGCGGCCGUGCGGCUUGUCGUGCGGCGGCUGGCGUUUGGGCUCGAGCCCGACGCGGCGCUCGACACGCUCGUCGCGGCGGUGCGCGAGAUGCUCGCCAAGGAGGGCAAGAACCACGGCUCUGCAAAAACCUUCCUCGACCGCCUCUCCGCCGAGGGGGCGCUCUUCCUCUCGGCCAUCCGCCGCUCGGUCCGCCACGCCACCGCCACCGUCGGCCUCUCCCUCACCGGCGGGCCAAGCGGCAACUCGCUGCUGCGCGCCGACGAGGCCGCCAUCGACUACGGUCCGUACGCCUCGUGGCUCUUCACGCCGCUGGUGUCCGGCUACAACCUCGCCGCCCACAUCCGCGACGACGGCCAGGUCCAGAUCGACGCGACGUGCCCCGCCACGCUGCACGACAACCUACCUCCGCUCGCGGACACAUUUGGUGACACAAUCGGCGGCGGCGGUGCGCCGCGCCCCCUCGACGGCGGCGGCGGCUUGCCGCACGCGGCGGUCUCCGCCGCGGACUUGGGCGUUCUGGACCCGGACGGGACAGUGCAGGCGGCCUUCCGCUCGUUCGACAAGGACGGCUCGGGCGGGCUGGACGUGCACGAGAUCCGCAGGGCGCUCAAGGAGCUCGGGCUGCGCACCGAUCACAGCGAGGCGGCGGGCGUACUCGCAAAGUACGACGUCGACGGCGGUGGUACACUCGGCCUCGAGGAGUUCGCGAGCCUGGCGGCCGACCUGCAGCGCUCGAGCGAGCACCAGCCGCGCGUCCGCCUCGCGCGGCUUGUGGCGCGGCGUGCCGGCGUGUCCCUCUUCAUGCACGGUGUCGAGUGCUGCCACGUCUCCCUCGUGCAGGCGCCCGAGCACUUGCCGCUGCCCACACCGCCAGAGCUGCAGACCCACGCCGCCGCCGCCUCGCGCGAGUCGCUGCCCGUCGCCUCCUCGGCGCUGCCCGACCUCGAGGCGGCCCUCGGCGGCAGCGGCGACCAGCUGACGCUGGAGGAACGGCUCAACCUCGCCGCAGAGCAGGCGCCGACCGGCCCGCUCGUCGGGGCCGCCGAGGCGGCGGUCGCUGCGUGGGACCCGUCGCAGCGCGAGCAUGCCCCGCCGCCGGGGGAGGAGGAGGAGCCGCCGCCGCCCUCGCCCGCCUCCUGCCCGCCGCGCGUCUUUGACGUCGCGGCGGUCUCGAUGCCUCGCGGCAGGCUGAGGCGGGUGUGCGUCUUCGAGCACCAGCGCCGCGCCGCGCCGUGGCGUGCGUGGGGGUCCGACUCGCUCACGCAGCGGCUCUACGCCGACGAGGCGCCGCCGGCGGCGUUCGUUGUUGAGGGGUCCUCACCCGCGCGCGGGUUCACGGCCCUGGAGCGGGUGCUGCUGCCGCCCGAUUGCAGCCGUUGGGCGGGCGAGUGGCGGCGUGAGGCGCCGAGCGGCUCGGACGGCUGGCUGUACGCGCCCACGUGGCGAGGGCCAUGGAGCGCGUCCGCCACGGCCAUCACGUUUGUGCGCCGCCGGCGCUGGGUGCGCACGGCGCAGCUGGGAGGCGGAGGCGCGGCCGACGGCGCGCAGACGGGCGUGGCGGCGGCGACGGUUGCGGCGGCUGCGCCAAAGCCGCAGCAGCAGCACAAGAGCCCGCAAUCGAUUGCGGCGGCGGCGGCGGCUCGGGACUCCGUGGCCGAGCACACCUCCAAGGCGGCGCUCAACCUCGGCGACGCGCUCUCUGCGCGGCCGCGCACCGCGCCCGUCGCUGCGCCGCCGACGGUCGCGCAGCCCUCCCACGGCCUCGAGCUGGGCGCGUGCAUGCUGCAGAUGCGCACCGAAUGA